CCUGGUCUACAUAGUGAGUUCCAGGGCAGCUGGGGCUAUAUAGCAAAUCUCUGGACAGGGCACGGGGGUGGGGACACUGUAGGUAGAGCCCAUUCCUGGUGUAUUUCCUGUCGAUGUUUUCACUGAUAGGCUUCUCAGAGAUAAAGCAUGCGCUGAUGUUGAAGUCGGCCACUCUGGCCAAGGUGUUGGGGAAGUUACUGUGUUUAGGGUCAGAACCUAGACCCUGAAAACCUCUGCUGGCAACAAGCCAGGCUUGCCAUCCCUCCUCCAUAGUUAUUGACAUGAUUGAUCAUGGAAAUCAGAAAAAGAUGUCCAGUGAGCGUCCUCUGUGUCCAUGUUCAGGGUCCUAACAUGAGGUUUAGCUUUCAAUGGUGGACACGCAUAUGCUUAGCUAAGCCAUCCUGGCCGAGGUGUGGCCCCGCCCCUCACCACUGUCUGGGCUUCAGUCAUAACUGUGAAACCUCCAGCUGGAGCUUAGGCCCCCCCAGACCUUGAUUUCUGGGGACAUUUCAAUUUUGUGGGAUCCAUUGCUCCAGCAGCCUUAUAACCAAAGGGAAGGGUGUGAAUGGCUACCCAUUCCACCCCAGGAUGUUUGCUAAGCUGUACUUGAGCCAGUGACCGAGCGGUGGCUGUGACACCCAUCCGAACUGUGACAAGCCACGAAUACCGGGGGAGGGAGGACUAGCCAUGUGUGUCUGUAAGACUGGCUGCCAGGCCCGCACGGGGCUCCAGCCCUGGUGGAGCCGCUGUUUCCUCCAGACUCCAACAAAUUCUUCAUGCAGUAGAAGAGACAGAUGUACCUUUGUCCUGUGACACUCGCGUUCUGGAGGAAGGGCUUCUCGGGCAAUGUCAUGACCAAAGCAGCACAUAGUGUUUGAAGAACCCAAGAGAUGAAGGCCCUCCUCAUACUGGCUUGGUUCCUGGUUUGCAGUGUGCCUGCAGUGCCCGGGGGCUUGCUGCAACUGAAGUCCAUGAUUGCGAAGGUGACUGGGAAGGAUCCAAUAAUGAAUUAUGGCUUCUAUGGCUGCUACUGUGGCUGGGGCGGCAAAGGGACCCCCAAGGAUGGUACUGACUGGUGCUGUCGGAUGCAUGACCGCUGUUACGGGGAACUGGAGGAGAACAGCUGCAGCAUCUGGACCCAAUCCUAUGACUACAGAUUCAUACAGGGGUUGGUCGUCUGCGAAUACACGUCCUACUGUCCCGGGAAGCUUUGUGACUGUGACCGGAAGCUGGUCUACUGCCUGCGGAGAAACCUCUGGAGCUACAAUCCUCUUUACCAGUAUUACCCCAACUUCCUCUGCUAAUGCCCUGGGUGGGCUCUGCUCCGGGGGUGCCCCUCACAGUCGAGGCCCCCGUCUGCUGUAUCCCUGAUGCAUGCCCCCAAGGUCUUGGAUCUGUCUUCCUCUGUGCUCCACUGGGCUGGACAGAACCCCAGGACUACACUUGGUUUUCCAGAGUCCCAGAGAGGGAAUUCUGAUCCAGGCUUGGCAAACUCCCAGGAUGGCUGAGCCUGCACUUGUGAAGUUGGAUCUGGGCCCGGAAGCUCCCCCAGCUCCAGGCCAGCGCCAUGUUGACUUUUCUUUCAAUUUUUGGAACUGAAUUGUCAUUACCACCCUCCAGAGACCUUUUACUCGAGUAGAAGCCAAAUUAACUCUAUAAAUCUGUUAUGUAGAUAUUAAAUAAAACCCAUUCUCAAGGCUAGUAAACAUCACCCAGCAUUUCCUCUGAUGGGGCUGGGGUAGGAUUGCCUAAACCUUUCUAACGCCUGAGGCACCUGCAUCCCCUCAGGGAUGGAGGUGGAAACAAAUCUUUUUAGAUGCCUUUUGA